AUGACGGAUUCAUCGCUAUCACCGUCAGUGAGGAUGCCCCCUAAUUAUGGCAACCUUCCUCGUGGAGGAGGAGGAGUACCUACGACUGGUGACCCUAGUGAAGCCAGUAGGCUCCUGGAUGGAUGCCAUCAGAUCAUGGUUGCUAUGUCUAGUCCUUCUAUAUUCGAAAACUCUAAGGAGAAGGCAUUUCAGACCUUUCGUAGAGGAUGUCUUGACUUGAAGAAGGAUGUCUCUGCUACUGAGGGGCUUGAAAGCGAUAAGAUAGAUGAUUGGAUGAUUGAGAAUUGUUGGUUAUUCCUAUUCGAACUUGCCAAAGCACGACUAAGGAGGAAGCAUGUUUUGGAGUGUAUGGAGAUACUAUGUACUAGUGAUAAAUGGAGGCAUAUGCUGGAUGAUAACGAAAGGAUACGCGCUAAAAUGGUAGACUUGGACGAAGCAUUCAUCCAAUCAAUAGUGACGGAAUUCCACGUGAAGCCCUUCCCAGCCAAAGCAGCGCCUGUUAAACCCAAACAUAAGUGA